GAGGUGGCCAGAGCUUCGAGGACAUUGUGCCUCGAUUAUGUCACUGCGUCACCGGCGGCAGGGAUCCUGUCGUUAUCGUAUCAGGCUUGAAGCUAAAGGAAACCAAACCUACCGUCAACAAGGAACGUCGAUUGCGCCUGGGUGUUUCUUCAUUUGAGAGGACAUGAAGGAUCAUCUAUGAGCCCAGCGAGAACGGGAUGAGGAAUGCCAGUUCACUACAGCUCUUUCGGUGCGGCCUUGCGCCCUCUUGGUCGCCAAUGCCGUCGUGAUCUCCCCCAUCUUUCCACUCCUCCACCCUCGAUUAUCACCACUGCGAGAGUUAACGUCGCGAACAAAGUCUCCCGCAACUUUUCCAUUUCGCGUACUCUACAAACCGGCCGUCAAGAGCCUGAACACCACAACAAUCACUAUGAAACGUUAAACGUUCAUUUCGACGCCACUCAGGCGGAAAUCAAAAAAUCCUUCUACCACCUCUCCAAAACCCACCACCCCGACCACAACCCUUCAGACCCGCACGCCUCCCACCGCUUCAUGCGCAUCUCCGAAGCCUACUCCACCCUUUCCCACGCCGACAAACGCGCCCGCUACGACCGCGACGUCCUCCGUCUCCAUUUACGCGCCCGCGCCCACGGCUCGCACCACUCCUCCUCCGUCGGUCCGGCCGGCGGCCGCCCAGCCUCUGGCCUGUCCAAGCGCCGCUCAACGACACAGGGCGCUCCCCCGCCUAGCUUUUUCAAACAAGGCGGGUACGGCGAGCAGAAGGUGAAGAGGGAGUGGCAACAGAGUACGGGGUACUCUUCACAGCAGCAGCAGUACGGGGGUGGUCCACGUCCGACAGGGGGUUUCAGUUGGGGAGGAGGAGGAGAAGGAGGAGGGGGAGGAGCGACAGGACCAAGACAACAAGAAUGGUCCCAAGCCUUCAACCCCGCUUCGGCACCUCACUUCAACAGCGAGCAACACACGCGCACCCAUGAGCAACUAUGGGAAAACCUCAAAAAGUCGCAUGCAAGAAGGAGUGAGGCGGCUAGACAGCAGGCGCGGCAGCAACAACAGCAGGAAGAAGGGGAGUGGGGAGGGGAGGGACAGCAGCAGCAGUGGUGGUCGGGGUCGGGGUACCAUCAGGAGGAACAACAACCCUACAAACAGCAGCAGUGGGGUGAAAGCAAAAAAGUGAUGCCGGAGAUUCAGCAGGGAAAUUGGGCAAGUUUCUUUGCGGUUACGGCGGUGCUGUUGGUUUCGAGCUUUGGGCCUUAUUGGCUGUUUGGGGAGUGGACGAGUACGGGCGGUGGUGGUGGUGGUGGUGGUGGUGGUGGUGGUGGUAAGAAGAGGAGUGGAAGCGGUGGCAGUGGUGGGAGUGGAGGGGGAAGUAGGAAGCCGACUGCUGUUUGA